AUGGCGGCGCUCGUGCGAAGGCAACGCGCGCUCGAGGACGACGCGGAUCGAGCGCGCGCGGCGUUUCCGACGGCGUUCGGGCGAGGCGGGGGGGCGGGCGCGACGGCGAGGGACGUCGUGGACGACGGCGCGCGCGCGACGGCGGCGCUGGGCGCGAGGGACGACGACGACGACGACGGCGGCGGCGGCGGCGGCGGCGGCGGCGGCGAGGCGGACCGGGGAAGCGGCGAGGAGGAAUACGAGGAAGAGGACGCGAUUCCGCGCGCGGCGGAGGCGGUGAUGGAGGGAUUUAAGAAACCGGCGACGUGCUGCGCGGUGGAUCGAUCGGGGGCGCGAAUGGCGGCGGGAUCUUCGGACGGCGUCGUGCGGUUGUACGAUUUCAACGGGAUGAAGCGGGAUUUACAACCGUUUCGGUCGAUCGCGCCGCGCGAGGGGUACCCGAUACACGCCGUCGAUUGGUCGCCGACGGGGGACAUGUUCGUCGCGGCGAGCGGGAGCUGGCAGCCGACGGUGCACGACAGAGAUGGGGUCGAAUUGGGGGAAUUCGACAAGGGCGACAUGUACAUCAGAGAUUUGAGGAAUACCAAAGGACACGUCGCGGCGACGACGGACGUGAAGUGGAACCCGCUGGAUAAGGAGACGAUUUGCACCGCGGGAGAGGACGGUGCGCUGCGUUUGUGGGACGUCACGUACCUGGGCGACGCGCGCGGGUCGCAAAAGGCGGUGCUCAAGCCGCAGCAAGUCAAGCCGGGGCGCGUGCAAGUGACGUCGUGCGCGUACUCGCACGACGGAGAUUUGAUCGCGGGUGGAAUCACGGACGGUAGCGUGCAAAUCUUCUCGUCCAAGGGCUCGCAUCAUCUCUUCAAAGGCGCGCAUCCGGCGGGCGAGGAGGUGACGUCGCUUUCGUUCGGUAGGGACGGUCGCACGCUGCUUUCGCGUUGCGAAGACGGUACGCUAAACGUGUGGGAUCUGCGCAACGUCAAGGCGCCCUUGAAGCGGUUCGAAGAUUUACCGACGCGCCACAGCGAAACCACGGUGGGUUGGUCGCCAAACGACGUGUACUUCUUCACCGGCGUCGACGCCGAGCGCGACUCGCGCGGCGGUAACACGCAGGGCGGUCUCUGUUUCUUCGACAGAGAAAAGCUCGAGAUGGUGCAUCGCGUUUCGACGCCGACGAAUUGCAUCGCGGCGACUUGGCAUCCGCGUCUGAACCAAAUCUUCGUCGGCUGCGGCGACGCCAAAGGCGGGGAGUUGCGCGUGCUCUACGACCCCAAAAAGUCCAUGGGCGGCAUCACGCAGGCUGUGGGUAAAGCGGUGCGUAAAAAGGCGGAUGAUUUCGUCCGCAUCGAUGUGCAAGAAAUUUCUUACACCCCGAACGCGCUACCAGCGUUCAAGGAACAAAUGCCGGGCAAACGCAAGCUCGACUCGACGGACAUCGCGCGCCAGGCUCUGCGAAAGAACCCGAGCAAGGCGGUGACGAAUAUGGACAAGAGCGGUGUGUUGACCGGGGGCACGGGAGCAUCGCUUCUCACGCAGCACAUAAUGCACAACAACGAAGAGCUCGGCGAAAAGAACUGGAUGAAGACGGACGCGAGAGAGUCCAUCCUGCGGCACGCCGAGAAAGCCGCCGCGAAUCCGAUGUUUACGAAAAAAGCUUACGAGCACACGCAGCCGAAAGAAAUCUGGCGCGAGGAAGAAAAAGAAGGAGAUUCCGAUUGA